CGGUGCUGCACGCAUUAAAAACAUUAACAGACGUCCGAAUACCGGUGAUUUUUCAACAUUGAUACUAUUAAAAAACAACAUUUUCUUCACAGUUCCAUCAUUCAAUCAACGAAAGUUAAGAACAAUGUCAUCAGCAUAUGAGACUGAAGUUCUAGCUCCAAGGCUACAACCAGCAGACUAGAUUAAUGCAUUUGCAACAGGUUCCUUAUAAAUGGUAGUUAUUCACCAUUUAGUUUCCUUGUGAUAUUACUUCAUAUCUUGUAAUCAGUCAUUAACUUUAAAAUGCAACUUUAUAACUGCACUCUCCGCAAGAGCGAUAUUUUAUACUGAGGAUUGAUACAUUGCUAUACUGAAGGCAACUUUUCCAAGAACCUCUGAAAACUUUCCACAGAAAUGUCAAACAGACCAAAUAGAGGUCCAAACCCUCAUGGGUUGAAACUAACUAGCUUAGAUCAGAUAUGGGAUGAUUUGAGAGCAGGUAUUCAACAGGUCUACUCCAGCCAAGCAAUGCCCAAGAAACGCUACAUGGAGCUGUACUCCUAUGUAUAUAACUACUGUACAAAUGUUAAUCAGCUUCAGCAGGCUAGGACAAGUUCAGCUAAGAGCAAAAAGGGAACAGUGCAAGGUGGCGCACAAUUUGUGGGCCUAGAACUCUACAAAAGACUUCGGGAUUUUCUUAGAGAUUAUCUUGUGAGCCUAAGACAAGAUGGCUCUGACCUUAUGGAUGAGAGUGUAUUGACAUACUACACAAAGCAAUGGGAAGAUUACCAAUUCUCCAGCAAGGUAUUGGAUGGCAUGUGUUCCUACCUCAACAGACAUUGGGUAAGGAGAGAGUGUGAUGAAGGGCGCAAAGGCAUCUAUGAAAUCUACUCACUUGCUCUUGUCACAUGGAGAGAACACUUGUUCAAACCACUCAAUAAACAGGUCACUAAUGCUGUUUUGAAGUUAAUUGAACGGGAGAGACAUGGAGAACCCAUCAACACACGUCUGGUUAGUGGUGUGAUCCAGUGUUAUGUUGAACUUGGUUUAAAUGAAGAUGAACCAGCUACUAAAGGGCCAACAUUGAGUGUGUAUAAGGACUCCUUUGAAAGUCAGUUUUUAUCUGAAACAGAACGUUUCUAUACGUCAGAGAGCACUGAGUUUCUAAGACAGAACCCUGUUACAGAAUAUAUGAAGAAGGCUGAGACAAGAUUACUUGAAGAAAGAAGGCGUGUACAGGUUUACUUACAUGAGAGCACACAUGAUGAUCUUGCUAAGAAAUGUGAGAGGGUACUCAUCAAGAAACAUCUUGAAAUCUUCUACUCAGAAUUUCAGAAUCUCCUUGAUGCUGAUAAGAAUGAUGACCUUGCAAGAAUGUAUAGUUUAGUUUCACGCAUACCAGAUGGACUAGGUGAGCUAAUGACACUCCUAGAGACUCACAUUUGUAAUCAAGGAUUGGCUGCUAUUGAAAAGUGUGGAGAAACAGCUGUCAAUGAUCCUAAGCUGUAUGUACAGACUAUCCUUGAUGUUCACAAGAAGUAUAAUGCCUUGGUUCUCACUGCUUUCAACAAUGACUCAGGAUUUGUUGCAUCACUAGACAAGGCCUGUGGAAGAUUUAUCAACAGCAAUGCUGUUACAAAGAUGGCAAAUUCAUCCAGUAAAUCUCCAGAGCUCCUGGCUAAGUACUGUGAUUCACUGCUAAAGAAGAGUUCCAAGAAUCCAGAAGAAGCUGAAUUGGAAGAUACAUUAAAUCAAGUGAUGGUAGUGUUCAAGUACAUUGAUGAUAAAGAUGUUUUCCAGAAGUUCUACUCCAAAAUGCUUGCAAAAAGACUGGUUCAUCAUAAUUCAGCCAGUGAUGAUGCAGAGGCUAGUAUGAUUUCAAAACUCAAGCAAGCAUGUGGAUUUGAGUACACUUCCAAACUGCAGAGGAUGUUCCAGGAUAUUGGUCUUAGCAAAGAUCUUAAUGAGCAAUUCAAGAACCAUCUUGCAAGCAGUGAAGCACUGGAUAUUGAUUUCAGCAUUCAAGUUCUUUGUUCAGGGUCAUGGCCUUUCCAGCAAGGUUUUACCUUCAUUCUCCCUAGUGAGUUGGAGCGAAGCUUUCAACGGUUCACCACAUUCUAUGGUAGCCAGCAUAGUGGUAGGAAACUGAUGUGGAUAUUUCAGAUGUCUAAAGGAGAGCUGGUCACCAGUUGUUUCAAGAAUAGAUACACAUUGCAGGCUUCAACAUUUCAGAUGGCUGUACUAUUGCAGUUCAAUGUCUCAGAUUCUUACUCAUUACAACAGCUCCAUGACAACACACAGAUCAAAAUGGACAUACUGACUCAAGUAAUUCAAAUACUUCUCAAAUGCAAAUUGUUAGUUGGGAAUGGAGAUGAUGGUGAUGAUGAACUGAAGCCAACAACAGAAGUCAAGUUAUUCCAGGGCUACAAAAACAAAAAGCUGCGAGUAAACAUUAAUGUUCCAAUGAAAACAGAACAGAAACAGGAACAAGAAACAACACACAAACAUAUUGAAGAAGACCGAAAGCUUCUUAUUCAGGCUGCAAUAGUUCGUAUAAUGAAGAUGAGGAAAGCUUUGAGGCACCAACAGCUCUUGAGUGAAGUCUUGACCCAACUCUCUGGUCGAUUCAAACCCAAGGUGCCUGUUAUCAAGAAAUGCAUUGACAUUUUGAUUGAGAAGGAGUAUUUGGAACGUGUAGAUGGUGAAAAGGAUGUUUAUAGCUACCUAGCAUAGAAUGCUUAAUGCUUGGUAUGAAAGAACAACUUGGCCUUCACACAAAGAACUCAAGGGACACAUGUUUUUUCCCUGCUGAAAUCUGUCUUCUACUGACUUAAUAUAGUCAUUGUAGAUAGCCAUCUUUGUGAGAUGAUUCGGACCUUGGACCAUGCAAGACUUCAGUUUGUUCCAGUCAGGUCCUCACCACAAGUCACUUUGACCAAGCUUCAACAACCUUGAAUUUACCCAUUCAUCAUCAAGCAGAUUAGAAAAAAAGAAAUUUAGAUGUCAGUUCCAUGUUGAGGGGGAUUAUUUAUAGAUGUCUCACUGAUAUUUUUACUGGACUCACAAGACUUUGUUACAUCUUCAUAAUAUGAUGUCAUUUUUAACAAUCUACAUCUUGAAAUGCAAGUCCAUGUGGUGAGAUUGUUUUACCUGUUCAUACCAGAAAUAUUUUUUGCCCUGUAUAGAUAUCAUACAUAUUAAAUCACGGAUGUCAUGAUUGAUUUCCAAUGUCAAUGUCAUAUAGUCUCUCUGGACCAGACUGCCUGAAAAUUAUCAGGAAUGCAAAGAUUUAUAGUGGUCAGAACAUAUUUUAUUCACUGCAUAUUUAUGUUGUACAGUGUUCAUUACACUAUUUCCACCAUCUCUCUCAAAAGAAAUCUGGAUCUGAAUGCACGCUGUACCAAUAGUUCAUUUGAUUAUCAGUGUUUCAUUGUUUGGUUGUAUAGUUCUGCUAUAUGAUUUGUUUUCUCAUACUCACAUAGUAAAUAUGCAAAAUGCAAUAGGUCCCAGUAUGUUUUGUUUUUUUUUAAACAAAAUUAUAGUUUUCAUUUUUUUAAAGUUAAUUUAUAGACAUCUAUGCUAAUAAGUUGUAUUGAGAUUAACCUGAUGAAUUAGUUGGAAGUAAAGUUGUUGAACAAAAUAACAGAAACACAUUCAUUUACAUAAUAUAGGGUCUUGACAUUUGCCACGUCACAGUAUUUGAAGAAAUCUGUGCUCACAAAAAUGUAAUUCACCAUGAAAACUCAAAGUUGACUUGUCUUGUUCUCAUUUAAAGUCUUUACAUUUAGCAUGAAAGUUUAAUGUGAUUUGUACUUCCAUAUGUGAGUAUAUGAUAUUGUGACCAUGGUCUAAUCUGUCAGCAGCAUUCAGAAGAUUGUCAUUUGUUCAACUUAAAAGCCUGCUGCACAUUAUACAAUCUGACUGCGACAAUACUUUGAAAAAAAAUAUCAUAUUUUGCAUUGAAUAUCAAAGUUCAAAUAAGUGAAAACCAACUCAUUUGAAGUUCAGAGUAAUGCUAGGAAUACAAAAAUCCACAUUCUGCUUCCCUGCAAUACUUUUAGUCAAAGUAGAGUCGAGAUCAUCUUUAAUUUUAAAAUCAAGAUUGCUCUGAUGUAACUACAAUAUAGAGUUGACUGCUUUUAUUUGUACAGAUAUACUUGCAAUAGACCUGAAUUUUGAAUUUAGAAUUCAUACCAUUAUUUAGAACUUUGAUCUUAACAAUUUCAUUUGUUUGAAUGUUCAUAUCAAAUGCUAUUACAAAUAUUUCCGAAAUUGGAUUGCAGCAGCUUGUGUAGUGUGCAUUGGGCUCAAGAACAACUGCAGUCCUGGCAGAGGAUCUAUCAAAACACACUUCUGUAAAAACUAUAAUUUCAUUUAAAUAAGUCAUAGCAUUUGACUACCAAGCAGUACUUUUAUGAUAAAACCUUUUAAGUGAUUCUCUGUAGGUAUAACACGAACUCUUGGUUACAUGCAGCAUGCAAAUUACGUAAUAAUUGCGUAUGUAAUGGUUUGUACCAUUGUGUUCAAUACUAGUAAAAGAUGUCCAAGAAAAAUAAUUGCCAUUAUUUGUACCAGGGAGGAAAUACAU